UACAUAAUUGCGAAACACAGUUACCUCCCUUCCAAAGAAAACCUCCAUUUGCACAAAGUAGGCGUGCUGAUUAGAAAGUAAAUAACCGGUGAUUUACUAUUUUCUGUUGAACGCAAUAUUUUCCAUGGGUACCUCAAGAGGGAAAGUUGUUGUCAGAAAGUCAAACGAUGAAAGAGGAGUACGAUGUGUAAAAUGUGGCAGAAGAUUUCAAGACAGUUUUCGUUUAAGACUUCAUGACCUGGUCGUUCACUGCAAUAAACUUCGUUGCUCGUUCUGCACGGCAAUUUUCGAUACGGAAUCUGAGUUAGUUAAGCAUAAGGCGUGUCACAUGGUAACUUGUGAAAAAUGUCACUGCACACUUUCGUCUCCUGGAAAUUUAAGGAAUCAUAUGAAAGCCGUACAUGCACGUAGAAGUAAAUGGCACUGUAAGAAAUGCCCAAAAUCGUUUAAGGCAUUGUCAAAUCUAAAGAUACAUAUAAAAUCCCAUUAUGAUAUCAGGCCUUAUCAGUGCAAUGUAUGCAGUAAGCGUUUUAAAUCUUCCGGAAAUUUUCGCGAGCAUAUGCGAACUCACACGAACGAGUAUUGUUUCCCGUGUCCCAUAUGUGAAAAGGCAUACUCAAAACGUGGCAACUUAACUCGACAUAUGACUGUGCACUCUGGGGACAAAAAACACAUAUGUGACAUAUGUAACAAGGGGUUUCAAUACAACUGUUAUCUAAGAAAGCACAAAGAAAUACACUCGAAAACAUUAAAUUACGAGUGUAAAACAUGCAGUAUACGUUUGAAGACAAGAGAGGCGUAUAAAACGCAUGUUAGACGUCACUUGCCGCUGGAGCCCAAAUCGUGCGAGAUAUGCGGUGUAAGCUUUUUAAAGCAAACUUCAUUGAUAGAACAUUUAACCCAUCAUUUGGAAUAUAGACAUGAUCUAUGGCUGCACUUGCCCGUGAAGUUUUAUUUGCCUGUGAAGGCAAACACGUGCGAUCUAUGUGGUGAAAGUUUUGUAAGCAAGAAUUCGUUGGAAGAGCAUAUAGCUAGUCACCUUGGUAACCGUACCCACAGAUGUACUGAUUGUGAUAAAUGCUUCAUCCAAAUAAAAAGUCUUAUUGUUCACAAAAGGAAACAUACUGGUUAUAGAAUGUACCAAUGUGACAUGUGUAAUGAGAUAUUUUUCAAGAAAAGUGGGUUGCUGAAACACAAAACUCUGCAUAUUUCGGGCAAUGGCCUGAAGUGUAUUGUCUGCAGGGUGAAAAACAAACCGGUAUUUAAUAAUCAAGAAGAGCUGAAAGCUCAUAUGAAAAUACAUAGAAAGGGAAAACGUUUGACCUGUGACCGUUGUGGAUAUUCUACUAACCAUGGUAAUCAUCUUAAAAGACACAUAAGAAAAACACAUCGUGAAAACGACACGUCUCGUUGUAAAAUUUGUCACGAGGUUUUCCCAACGAAAAAUUGCUUAAAAAGGCAUCUGGUAGAACAUAUUCAAGAAAAUUAAAUCUUGUGUGAAAAUGAAACGGAACAAACCUGACGUCCCCCCUCCCCAGCCACUACCCCUCCGCAACAUAUUUGACAACAUAUAUUUAAGUGCAGUAUUGUUGUUUGUGUUUGUAAACGUUUGCAAACAUUGCAUGUUUAUGUGUUCAAUGUACUUAACCCUAAUUGAUGACAUGAACAUAAGUGUCUAUCUGUUCAUAAAUUAAAGGUAACAAUCUAAGCUUUACAAGACACGUGAAUGUUAAUGAAUUGUGUGUGAAGUUUUAAAGUCACUUGUAUUUAGCAUGUAUAUGUAUAUCAACAUGCUAAAGUGAUCGUCAUUUUGAGCCAUGCAAGCCAGCACAUACGCGCCUGACCAGGCUUUACACUAUUGAUAACUCAGUUUUUGGUAUUUUAACACUUAUUGAACUUUUAACAGACUGUUCCGACAGUUUAAAGGGACUCCAUUGAGGUUUAAAAGCCUAAAAACAUAACAUUUGAAUUUCUUACAUAAAUGAGCUUGGGCUUUUUAGACAGAAUUAAAUAUAUGAAAUAAUAUAAUAUGUAAAUAAAUUGAAAAUCAUAUGUUUAUGUUUUCCUUAGCACGAUUUCAGUGACGCGUUUCAUUUUGGGUCAUUUUUUUACAAUUUGGGUAAUUAUUCUGGUAAAACAAUGUGCGUGAAUGAUCUGAAAUUGUGCACAAAUAUUGGUGUUCCUCACCUACAUCAGAUGGUACAUUUUCUGGAAAAAUUAUUUUCAGUCCCAUCACGUCAAAAAACAGUAGUGGAGUCCCUUUAAGUCCCCCACUUAUUCAGAACACAUAUGCUAGUUCCAAGUUUCAAAAGCUUCAAAUUAUUGCCUGCAUGUGUCACCGAACGUUAGAACAUGGCACACUUAAAAUGCCUAUUUUUGUUUUCUUUACAGUAUAUUAAUUUUACAAAUGGCGGACAGUUCAUGUGACGAAAACAUUUAUAAAUGUGUAUCAAAACAUGUAUCAAAGCUUGACUUAGGUGUCACAUUAAGUUAAAGGUUCAUUUAUUUGGCGUUAGUGAUAUUUUCAUCUUCACUGUGGAGUAUGAACAGUUAACAUAUUGUUGUUGUUUUUCUUUGUUUAUGUUUUAUUUUUGUAUUUCAUUUGUUAUAAGCCUCAUUGCAGUUUAAUGAAAUUUAUUUUACAACACACUCGUGAAAGUUGCCAUAAGAUUUUUUUGACCAGACUUGGCACUCUUGAAUGUAAUGGUCUUAUUAAAACGGGAAAUGGCGUUGUUACCAUAAUGUUAAGAGCUUUAAGUGAAUAGGUAUUCAUUUUAAGAUAUAUAAACUUUUAUGUUGUUCUCUUUUAGUCUUUGUUUAUAGAAUAUCUUGUGAAAGCACACACUUUAUGGAAUUUUUAUGCUCCAUGUACAUACAUGUAUAGUUGUCGACUAGGCCUUCAUUUUUUCCGUCCUUAUACAAAACAUAUUUACAGUUUCUUGUAGCACCUUCAUUAGUUGUGUGAUAUUUGAUAUGCUGGUAUAUUUCUAGGUUAACUUCUACCAUUGAAUAGGAUAUUAGGUUUAUUUGGUGGAGGUCAAGGUCAUUAAGGCACUUCUUUCCCCAAACUAAAGGUAUAUUUAUCGCUUUUAACAAUCGUGAAACAUCGGUCAAUAUCACUGAUAUUUUGAUACUAAGUAUACAUAAUAAUUAUGAAACUUUUAGUCUAGUAUUUCUUUCCAUUUGUUAAAAAAUUUGAUAACGUUUAAAUCUUACAAAAGAGUCCAAUUAUUUCUUGAAUUUAAAAAAGCCAUACCAACGGAAAAUUGAAGUGCCGACAUGUCAUGGUGUAAAAAGUUGUGUUUUAUAUAUUUUUGUUUGAGAGAGAGAGGACUACUCAAACCCAAAACAGAAACAGUCGUUCUGUUAUUUAUAUUUUCUUAUUUUCAUUUAACGUUGUUAUCAGAAAAUAACUUGUUACUGUUAUUACUUAAUUUUUGUUUUUACCUUUUAUAUGCUCAAUUUGAAUGAAAUUCAAAUAAAAUAAAUAUUUUGAUAAUUCUU